AUGCGAGCCUGCAAUGGCUGCAGAAAACGGAAAAUAAAGUGUGACGCUGCCACAACGAAUACCUGGCCCUGCUCAGCUUGCACUCGCUUGAAGCUCGUAUGUGUCCCUCCUACCAUUGGACAGGAUAGCGACUUCCAAUCGGAGCAAGGUCUUGAGGCAACUUCAAUGGGCGCCUUAGGAGCUUCUCAAGCGAAUUCAGCCUCGCAUUAUUCCUAUUCAGUGCCUCAGAGCUUCGGCGCUGGAAUCCAGCCUACUGCUGGAAAUAGUCAGCCCUAUAGCGACGGUGCCGGAAUCAUGCCUCAAUACGCCCCAAAUGGUCCCACCCAACACAAUAUCUAUGAAGUACGGUCAUCGCAUUUACCCGUAACAGGCCAUGCCUACCAGCACGCCCAAGUAUUUCCUACCACUCCAAAUCACGGUCUUGAUAACUCGAAUACUGGCAUUUUCCCGGACGAUGAUCAAUCUACUGCCGAGAACCUUAGCGAAGUUUUGGGUGAAUUGAAAAUCGAUGAAACUGGUAUCGCACCCUAUAUUCGACAACAACGGAAAGAGCGAUUGGAAGCGGAAGCUCCAGUUCAGGAUGAAAUUGAGGAAAGACUGCCACCUCUAAGCACCGGGGCAGGCUCCACCAUCCGUAUUCCCCCGGAGCUAAUGCCCUCCGAUGACGAAGUGAUGAAUUACUUCAAGAUUUACUUUGACGAUAUACAUCCUUACAUUCCCGUGGUUCAUCGAUCUCAUCUUUACUACCAAUGGCAGAAUGAACGGAAUUCCAUAUCUCCUCUACUCCUCGAAGCACUUUUCGCUUGUUCCGGAAGGUUAUCAGACGAUCCGGCUCAGGGCGCACAGUGGCUCGCAUUGGCAAACAGACAUGAGUCCAGUUUCAUGGAUGUACCACGCUUAAGCACCAUUCAAGCUUUGCUUUUGCUAUUGAAAGCUCGAGAGUCACUGCCAAAGAAGGGUUAUUAUUAUCGUUCAUGGCAAACUGUGAAGACAAUCGUGUCGAUGUCGAAGGACUUAGACAUCCAUGAACAUUACAAUACCCACGCAGAGGGCAGGCCUUGUGAGUUGGAUUCAGUGGAAUGUCUUGUGCAGACAAGAAUAUGGCAAGCCCUCUUGGUUGUCGAAGUGAUGAUCGGUGCACCACAAGGUAUGUCGAUAUCUGCUUCGUUGGCUUUGACUGCUUUGGUUGAUUGCGUUAUCUUGUUAGGUCGAUCGGAUUACGGGGUAGACCCGGAGACUGUCGAUAUGCGGCCGACUCUAGAUAUCGAUGGUCUCGACCAGUUCGAAAUCGACCGCUCGAGGCAAUAUGCAUACUUUGUCAGAAACGCCUAUCAUAUCCGUUUGAUCACCGAUAUAUAUCACAAAAUCAAGAAACAGAAAGACUGGGGAGCGAAUCCCAGAUUUGUUGAAAAAAACCCCCUUUUUACCGAUUGGCUCCAAAGCCUCCCUCAAGACUUACAGAUUAAUUAUCCUAGCGAUGGUUCGCCGCCAUGGAUACCCUCACAUUUUGUUGGAAAUAUGCACUCGCAUUGCCAUCUUGGCAUCAUCUUACUACAUCGACCACAAUUGUUGGCAUCCAAGUCCUUUGCGGCCGGUGGAGGAUGGAAGAUUCACAUGGCGUUGUGCUAUUCCUCCGCAAAAAGCCUGUGUAGGCUUCAGGAAGGUAUAUUAGAGCGUUUCGGUCUGCGCGGUCUUCUGUUCAUGCAAAGAGGUAUCAAUUUCGCAAUAUACUGCAUUCUGACAUGCACUAUGCUGCAUCUGAUUGCUAUUACCUCCCCUGAUCCUCAUUUUCAUACCGAUGCGAGGGACUACUUCACACGUCACAUGCGUAUCCUUGAGAAAUGUUCUUCGGCUUGGCCUAUGCCUGAAAUACAGGCACAGAUUGACUCCCUGCGACUCGCGUUCUCCGCUGACAUCAAUCGCCCUUUCGAACUAAAAUCUACAUUUCCUUACGGGAGUCCCUCAGAACCGUACCAUCCGAGCCCACCACUUGGGUCAAGUUACCAUGCUCAAUUGGACCAGGUUCCGAGUAACGUGCAGAAUAGAGUGUGUUAUGCUUACCCAAUGACGCCGCCCAUAUCGGCUGGCACUGAGGACUCAAAGUCUGACUCAUGUCAGCUUCAACCUAUGGGCAUGCUUGCACCGCACCCACAUCACAGUCAUUCGGUAGAUGGUCCGUUAGUUGACGAAAAUAACUGGGAUCCCACUCGAAUCAUAAACCAGUGGGACCUGGCAUUCCCUGUCGCCCCUUCAAAUGUGAAUACAAACUCGCCGCCCAUGGGCAUAGGCCAGUCUACACAAGGAACCACUGGUGUAUCAAACCAGUUUCCCGUUCACUAUGAGGCACCGAAAAUGUCAUCGAUCGCAACUACCCAACCUCUUCCUCAAACUCAGUUCAAUGGACACACAGUCCUAUUUACAGCACGUGACUGGCAACAGAGUGUUGCUAGUGUAUAUGAUCCUAAUGGCUUGAAACGGAGGUGGGCACACUCCAUCGACACUACCGAGCAGAGUAACACCAAACGUCAGCGAGAAUCUUGGACUUGUUGGUCUCGUUCUCUCACUAUUGAAUUAGUCUCUCUUUCACUUCUAGGCCAUGCUAAUUGUAGGGCCACGGCUCCCCAUACGAGCUCGAGAGGGUCAGAUCUCCAGAGAUCAAUGCUUCGACUUGCCAGCCUCAUAGUCAACAAUGUAGUUUAUGUCUAG